AAAAGAGGCCAAGAGAAUGAAAGAAGAUAAAACACUGAGCUACUCCUGAGGAUCUUUACUAAGAGGAACAGUGAAUUCCAUUUCAGGUGAAUACAUCUCCAUUAAGGAUGUCCAGCGCUACCGUAAUGGACAAUUACCCAAGAAAUGACUUUAUGGUGGUGACCCAUGGGAUCCCACCAGCUAUAACAGGGCAAAAUGGUGCAGGGGCUGGGCCAGGGGUCCUGACUCUUGAGGCCCCAUCAUGGAGAUUUGAGAGAGCAGAGUCAAAGGCACUGGGGUCCAUGCAAAUAGUGAUUGGAUUCAUAUAUUUUGUGUGUGGCAUUGUGAUGGCAGCUUCCACCUCACCAAUUUCUUUCUAUAUUGGAGUUUACUUCUGGGGCGCUCUGACUUACAUCAUCACUGGCUCUCUGACUGUUACAGCAAACAACAGCAGUAAUCGGUGUUUGGUGAACAGCUCUGUGGGAAUGAACGUGCUCAGCGUUGUAACUGCGGGAAUCAUCGUCACUCUGCUGGCGGUGGAUAUUGCAGAUGGUCUAGGAUUCAAAUCAUGCCAUAACAUCUGGAACUCUCAAUGCUUUAAUUUUAAGCACAACGCGAUUAGGUUACUGUUGCUGGGAGUAUCUGCAUUUCAGUUGAUCGUCUCCAUCACAAUGUCAGUGUUUGGAUGCAAAGCCGCUUGUUUCACUGAACCAGUGGUCACUGCUGUAAGUGUGGUUCCAAGCCAGGCAGCAUGUUCUACAGUGGUUAGUCCAUUCCUAGCUCACAGUAGUCAACAGGAUGUGUUUUACAUCACAAACACCGACACAAACCUGAACUGCCCACCAACAGAAGAUCCUCCAGCGUACAGCGUGUGUGUUACACAAAGCAAAUGACUGAGAGCGAAGUGAGAAAACGACCUGGAAAAGAACUAGAAGUCCUAACAUGCUGUUUAAGAUUGCUUUGUUUUAAUAUACUGUCUUUUCAAUAAUUGUAUAGUAGAGUGCAAAAAUCAGGCCACCCCUCCUUUAUUUAAUAUACAGCCAUUAAGUACAAGGUAUUUAUAUGUCAGGAGAUAUUCCUGAGGAGAUCAGACAAAAGAUAAUCCACUUGCACAAGGAAGCAGAAAGUCAACCACCUGGAAGACCUGGUAGAUGACCAACACUGUCCUAAUCAGAUAAACAGCACCCAAAGCUUUCAUAUUUGUGAGAGAGGUGAAAAUCAAGCUGCUUGAGAUCUGAAAACCUUAUUGAAAGUGUUUGGGAUUACUUGGACUGUGAGAAGAAGAAACUUCAACCAACUUCUUAGACUGUACUUUGGUUCAAAUGAAGGGUGGCCUUUGACAUUUUCCCAGUACUCUCUAUUUGUACUUUUACUGUCAUUUAUUGUCACUGUCGCAUCAAUACUUUGGCUCCUUUUUUUUAAAUUGUGGUUACCUAAUGACAAAUGGACCAAUAGAAAUGCUUCAGAAGUAGUUGGAAUAAAAUCUUUCUACAUUAACGUUAAGAACAUCUAUUCUUCUUAUCUGAAGUCCCUCCUCAAUUUUUUUAUUAUGAAGUUUUGCUACAACAAUAAAGUUAUAUUCCAUGUUUACAUAUACAGUGUUAUGUAAACAUUUGAACCCCUUCUGUUCAAAUGAGAUUUUUUAUUGUUUUUCUUACACAUCCUCUACAGGGAACAAACAUAAAUGUGGCACUUUUUCAGCAAAUUUUCAGCAAUUUCUGUUUAUUUACUGGAAAACAUAAAAGGUAGCAUUAUGUGGUAAUGAGCAGGACAGUAUUGUAAUAAUGAAAGUCUGUGAAAUUAAGGUGAUUGGUUUUAAAAGAGGAAGAAAAAUAGUUGUUAAAUAGUUUUCAACUGUCCAGGCUAAUUUGCUCAGUUUAGGCUUACUGCAAACUCCAAGGAUUUCUUACAGCUCAGUUAGUGGGAGAUUCUUUUCUUGUGUAAUUCCUAAACUCUGCAAUAGCGUUCCAGGGAAUAUUAGGAAUGUAAGCUUGAUAGGUAUUUAAUCCACAUUAAAAACAGAUUUACUUAAGAUGACAUAUGGCAGUGUAAUGAACGAAAUUAUAUUUUAGUUUUUUUCUUCUUUUGUUUAUGUUAUACUUUUUUUUUCAUAUCUUACCAUCUACCUUGAAUUUUCAUUGCUACCAAA